CGCGGGCAGCGGCAGAGGCGGCGGCGCCGUGAGGGCGGCGGCGCCCGCGGGACCCGCGACUGCCAGGAACUGCUGCCACCACCACCAACUCCCAUGGCCUACAUCCCUAGUGGGGGCACCCCGGCAGUGGGGGCAGCCCCCAUCGGGUCCCAGUAUUGUGUGUGCAAGGUGGAGCUGUCCGUGAGUGGCCAGAACCUGCUGGACCGGGAUGUGACCUCCAAGUCUGACCCCUUCUGUGUCCUCUUUACAGAGAACGAUGGCAGGUGGAUUGAGUAUGACAGGACAGAAACUGCUGUCAACAACCUCAACCCUGCAUUCUCCAAGAAGUUCGUCCUCGAUUACCACUUUGAGGAGGUGCAGAAGCUCAAGUUCGCCUUGUUUGACCAGGACAAGUCCAGCACACAGCUCGAUGAGCACGAUUUCCUGGGCCAGUUCUCCUGCAGCCUGGGCACGAUCGUCUCCAGCAAGAAGAUCACUCGGCCUCUGCUGCUGAUGAAUGACAAGCCUGCAGGGAAGGGCUUGAUUACGAUUGCUGCCCAGGAGCUGUCCGAUAACCAGGUCAUCACCCUGAGUCUGGCGGGCAGGAAGCUGGACAAGAAGGACCUCUUUGGAAAGUCAGACCCAUUUCUGGAGUUCUAUAAACCAGGAGACGAUGGCAAGUGGAUGCUGGUUCACAGGACUGAGGUGAUCAAGUACACGCUGGACCCUGUGUGGAAACCGUUCACUGUGCCAUUGGUGUCCCUGUGUGAUGGGGACAUGGAAAAGCCCAUCCAGGUCAUGUGUUACGACUAUGACAAUGACGGGGGCCAUGACUUCAUCGGCGAGUUCCAGACUUCGGUGUCGCAGAUGUGUGAGGCUCGUGAUGGCGUCCCGCUGGAGUUUGAGUGCAUCAACCCCAAGAAGCAAAGGAAGAAGAAGAACUAUAAAAACUCAGGCAUCAUUAUCCUGUGCUCCUGCAAGAUAAACCGGGACUACUCCUUCCUUGACUACAUCCUGGGAGGUUGCCAGCUCAUGUUCACGGUUGGGAUAGACUUCACAGCCUCCAAUGGGAAUCCCCUCGACCCUUCCUCUUUGCACUAUAUCAACCCUAUGGGCACCAACGAAUAUCUGUCGGCCAUCUGGGCUGUCGGGCAGAUCAUUCAGGACUAUGACAGUGAUAAGAUGUUUCCAGCUCUGGGCUUUGGGGCCCAGUUACCCCCAGACUGGAAGGUCUCCCAUGAGUUUGCCAUCAACUUCAACCCCACAAAUCCCUUCUGCUCAGGUGUGGACGGCAUCGCCCAGGCGUACUCGGCUUGUCUGCCCCACAUCCGCUUCUAUGGGCCCACCAACUUCUCUCCCAUCGUCAACCACGUGGCCCGGUUUGCGGCCCAGGCCACACAACAGCAGACGGCCACGCAAUAUUUUAUCCUCCUCAUCAUCACGGAUGGCGUCAUCAGUGACAUGGAGGAGACACGCCACGCCGUGGUGCAGGCUUCCAAGCUGCCCAUGUCCAUCAUCAUUGUGGGCGUGGGCAACGCCGACUUCGCCGCCAUGGAGUUCCUAGAUGGGGACAGCCGCACACUGCGCUCCCACACAGGGGAGGAGGCAGCCCGUGACAUUGUGCAGUUUGUGCCCUUCCGAGAGUUCCGUAAUGCAGCAAAAGAGACCUUGGCCAAAGCUGUGCUGGCGGAACUGCCUCAACAAGUUGUGCAGUAUUUCAAGCAUAAAAACCUGCCCCCUACCAACUCGGAGCCCGCCUGAGCACCAGCCUGUGUCCAGCAGCAGCAUGCCGGCUGGGCCUCCCGCCCUCUCCAGGAACGUGCACGCUCACCCUGCUUCCUCGUGGGUGGCCUUUUUUUUAACCGAUCCACAUUUUUAUUUUUUACAACCAGACCUCCACCCCCAACUUCCCCCAGCCCAGCUGGGCUUCCUUUGUUGGAGUCGACUGAUGAUGCUUCUGGGCCAAACUGGCUUCCUCCCUACCCUUAAGUAUUGAAUGUACUUUGUAUAAUUUUAGUGGAAUUAUUGUUAUUAAAGAGAAAAUUUUUACAAUCCUAACAGGCUUUUUCCAAGUAACUAGCUGCAGACCCUGAAAGACGCGUGUCCCCAGUGCAUACAUUGUGUCGUUGCCUGCACCUACUUCCUGCUGUUUUUAUACUGUGACUGUGUUCUAUUUGUUAUACUCAGGGUAAUAAAGCAGUUUCAGAUGUC